AUGAAGCGCAUCUUCUCCUGCUCCAGUUCACAAGUGGCGGUGGAGAGAUGGAACCGUCGUGAUCAGAAGCUGCUGGAGGCAGUGCAGCGGGGGGAUGUGGGACGCGUGGCUGCCCUGGCCUCCAGGAAGUUGGCCCGACCCACCAAGCUAGAUUCAAAUGGCCAGUCCCCAUUUCAUCUGGCUGCCUCCAAAGGGCUGACCGAAUGUCUGACAGUACUUCUUGCAAAUGGGGCUGACAUCAACAGCAAGAAUGAAGACGGAAGCACUGCCCUACAUUUGGCCACCAUCUCCUGUCAGCCACAAUGUGUAAAGGUCUUGCUUCAGCAUGGUGCUAAUGAAGAUGCUGUGGAUACAGAAAACCGUAGUCCAUUGCACUGGGCAGCCUCCUCUGGCUGUGCCUCAAGUGUCCUCCUUCUGUGUGACCAUGAAGCCUUCUUGGAUGUGCUGGAUAAUGAUGGACGAACGCCCCUGAUGAUUGCAUCGCUGGGUGGUCAUGCAGCUAUCUGCUCACAGCUGCUGCAGAGAGGUGCCCGAGUUAAUGUCACAGACAAGGAUGACAAAUCAGCUCUGAUCCUGGCCUGUGAGAAAGGCAGCUCUGAGGUGGCUGAACUGCUCCUGAGCCACGGAGCAGAUGCAGGGGCAGUGGACAGCAUGGGCCAUGAUGCUCUGCACUAUGCUCUGUGUACACAGGACAAAGCAUUGUGGAGGCUGCUACGGCAGGCCCUGAACCGGCGGCGGCAAGGAGGUCAGGGGCUGGUUCAGCACCCAGAUCUUACAUCUCAGACCUCUCCAUCUGAGCCCCUGGUGGGUUCUUCACCCAAGAGUCCAUGGAAAGCAGAGCCUGAGGAGGAACAGGAGGAAGAGGAGGGUGAAGACCCAUGCUCAGUAGAGUGGAGGUGGAAGUAUGAAGAGGAACAGAGGAAAGUGUCUCAGCUAGAGCAGGAGCUGGUGCGAAAGGCAGAAGAAUGCAAGGCUCAAGCUACAGCCUACUUGGGCCUGGAAAACCAGAUUCGAGAGCAGGUGCAAGAGCUAGGGCUCCUCCUAUCCCAUGAGCCUGGAGCUCCAGGAAGACCAGACCCUAGUCUGCGGCCUGAAGGGGAUGGUAUGGAGCAGGGUUGUCCCCUGAAUAUGCUGGUUGAGCAUAUACAAGAGCUAAAGAAGCAGCAGCAGACAAUAGCCACAGUAAACUCUACCUUUGCUCCCACAAGGAUUGAGAAAUUAGCUGCAGCAGAGAUCCAGUGUGAAGUAAAUGGAAGGUCCCAAUCGGAGCAGGGGCCAGUCCAGCACCCAAGGCCUGAGAGCCUGGGGAAAGCCACAGGACAGCAAUUGACCACCAAUGAAGGGCAGACACUUGGCCCUGAUCACACUGACCAGCUGUUUGGUGGCCAGGAGAGACCUCAGGCCCCAGGAGUUGAAACAGCAAACCCAUUAGUGGGCACAGCAGCCAUGAGCCAGCUCCUGCUACAACUAAGGGAAGAACUGGCUGCAGUGUGGCGAGAAAAGGAUGCUGCCCGAGGGGCUUUGUCAAGACCAGUCCUGGAGGGAGUCCUGGGAACUCCCAGGGCUGAGGCUGCAGCAGCUGCCUGGGAGAAGAUGGAGGCCCGUUUGGAGCGGGUGCUGGUGAGGUUGGAUAGGGCAAAGGCAGGACUACAGCUAAAACAUGAAGCUCCUGCCCAGGAGUCCAGAGAGGGAACCCCAAAGGCAGCCCCAGAGGGCACCAAAGAGCAUGGAGAGAAGAAAAGGACUCCUGGGGCCCGAGGAGAACCUCUAGGGGCCCCUGAAGGAGAACAGGCCCCAGGAGCAGGCCUGGUGAAGGGGCAGCUGGAGAAGGAGGUGUCGGCCCUGAGACUGAGCAACAGUAACUUGCUGGAGGAGUUGGGGGAGUUGGGGCGGGAGCGGCAGCGGUUGCAAGGUGAGCUGCAGUCCCUGAGCCAGCGGCUACAGCAGGAAUUCGUACCCACGCCCAAGGAGCAGGUCCAGCUACUGGAAUUGCGGCGGAGUGUGGGAUUGCUGACUGACGAACUGGCCAUGGAGAAGGAGGCCACAGAGAACUUGCGCAGGCGCCUGGCCUCACAAAGCAGCGGCCUCCGAGGGCUAUGGGAGUGCCUACCCCCAGACCUGGUGGGCAGGGAUGGUGCACGGAGCACAGCUGCCGAGCCCCUGCAGGAGCUGCAAGUGUGCAUCAGCACCCUGGUGGACAGGCACCGCGAGGCCCAGCAGGUGCUGACGCGGCUGGAAACGGAAAACCAGCAGUUGCGGGGUUCCCUGGGCCCCUGCGGGGAGCCAGGUGCCUCCUUUAAGGUUCCAGCAUCCCCCCAGGUGGCCGCCCUGGAGCAAGACCUGGGGAAGCUGGAGGAGGAGCUGCGGGCGGUCCAGGCCACGAUGAGCGGGAAGAGCCUGGAGAUCGCGAAGCUGAAGCAGUUGCUCUACCAAGCCACUGAGGAGGUGGCCGAGGUGAGGGCCCGGGAGACGGCCAGCCUGCGGCAGCAUGAGAAAACUCGGAGUUCGCUGGUGGCUCAGGCCCAGGCUUGGGGCCAGGAGCUAAAAGCUGUGCUGGAGAAGUACAAUGCAGCUUGCUGGGAAAUAAGUCAGCUGCGGGAGGCUGUGCUGGAGGAACGGCGCCGGGGCGAGGACCUGGCAGCUCGCGCUGCUGAGCAGGAGUGCCAGGCCCGCGACAUGCGCGCGCGCUGCGAGCACUUUGAGAAGACAGCCGAGGUACUGAGGGAGAAGACAGAGCAUCUUAUUGGGGCUUGCCGGGACAAGGAGGCCAAGAUCAAGGAAUUAUUGAAGAAGUUGGAGCAACUUUCAGAGGAACUCCUAGCAGUUCGGGGAGAAAACACUCAUCUUGCCCUGCAGCUGAAGGAUUCUCAGAAGAACCAUGAAGACAUCAUCUCCACCUAUAGGGAUCAUCUGCUGAAUGCUGCUCAGGGCUACAUGGAACAGGAUGUAUACAAUAUCCUACUUCGAAUCCUCAGCAUGCAGGAGGAGUGA